AUGGAUCCGCCGGUCAGCGAGCGAUCAGAGUAGCAUUAUCGCGAGAAACCACGGCCAUUUUAAUUCCUCGGGUCAAACGGCCACGUCGCUUUCGGUUCCCUCCCUCCGCUCUCAUCAUAAAGAUUUUUGAUCGCAUUCGCUCGCAACCGCCCCCGGCGACGACGGCUUCUUCUUCGUUCUACGUCGUGCGUGCGUACGUUCCCUCUGGUUGAUUUGAUUGCUUGGCCGCCGUAUAACUACACGCCUCGCCAAAGUCCAACGCCGGCUCGCGUCGCCUAGCUAGCCUCGGCAGCCACAGACGCGGUAUCACGCGCGGGGAGCUCCUCUCCGGCGACCGGCGGCGGUUGACGCUCUUCGUCUUCCGCGCAUGGCGGGGCUGCAGCGGUCGAGCGAGACGUUCCGGCGGUCGGGCUCGUCGGGGCUGGUGUGGGACGACAAGAACUUCUCGGGCGAGAUCAAGCCGGCGGGCGACGACGCCGAGCCGCGGGCGGCGGUGGAGCGCAGCCGGUCGGCGGGACACGCGCACGGGCACGGCGGGUACAGGACCACGGGGCGCGUGCCGCCCGCGCUCGACCCGCCGUCGCCGCGUGUCGGCGUGUGCGGCUUUUGCAGGCUCUUCGGCGGCAGCGGCGGCGGCAAGGCGAAACCCAAGGGAAGGCGCCACUGAUCAUGAUCUUGUACUGUGCCGGCGUCUACCGGUAGUUUGGAGCUCUCUCAGAAUCGGCAGCUUCUGUUAGUUUCCCCCUCCUCUUGUGAGUUUGUCUUGUCUCAUGUCCAGGUUAUUGCCAUACUUAGCAGAAAGAAUUACUACAAUCGUGCUGCUUGUGUAGAGUAGAAGGUGUACUGCCAGAGGUCUCAUGAAUUUGAUUAUGCACUGUGCUUCCUGUCCUUCCUUCCAUGAACGAACUCUAGGUCUGGAAUGCAAAAGUUUACGCGAAA